AUGACUGAUUGGAAAACUCGGUGUGCACGACGAAAACAAUCGCAAUUAGACUCAAUUCCAAGGGAAUGGUUAAUCGAAGCUCCUCCGGCCAAUCAAAUGAAUGUGAUGCAAAUUCCUAGAGAUAGUGCAUUGUUGUCGAUUCGUGAGCUGGAGAUAACUGAAACGGUCGAUGUUGAGGUUAUCUUGCAAAAACUGGCUUCUACUGAGUGGUCUUCAGUAGAGGUCACUACAGCUUUCUAUAAGCGUGCUAUCAUAGCGCAACAGCUGACAAAUUGUUUGACCGAAAUUUUUGUCGAGAAGGCUUUGCAGCGCGCGAAGGAGUUAGACGAUAUUCUCCAAGCAACUGGCAAGGUCUCUGGCCCUCUUCAUGGUUUACCUAUUUCUCUCAAAGAUCAGUUCACGAUGAAGGGACUCGAGACGAUCAUGGGAUAUGUUGGCUGGAUUGGCCGAUAUGCUGAUUCAGAUUGUGUUCUUGUCGAAAUCCUCUAUGAAUGUGGAGCAGUGCCCUUUGUACGCACAAACGUCCCGCAGACUUUAAUGUGGGGGGAAACAUACAAUCAUGUAUUUGGGCGUACUGUCAAUCCCUAUAACAGGUAUCUCACCGCUGGAGGGUCAUCCGGCGGAGAAGGUGCCCUUUUGGCCAUAAAGGGAAGUCCUCUGGGUGUCGGCACUGAUAUUGGAGGGUAUGUUGAUAUCAGGUUGAUAUUCAUCGAUACUGUCCUCCAUUCAAUGACAUUUGUGCUUGGCACAGAUCUCUCCGUAUUCCCAGUGCAUUCUGUGGUCUAUACUCUCCGGCCUUCCUAUGAGCGACUUCCCUAUUGCGGUGCGGUCAAUGCUCUUGAAGGACAAGAAUCUAUAUCUUCGGUCCUAGGCCCAAUGGCCAAUUCAAUGUCGGGAGUCAAAGUGUUCACGAAAGCAAUAAUUGAUGCAAAACCUUGGUUGAAAGAUCCUCUUGCUGUCAGGAAGGACUGGUCAGAUAAAGAAUACGGGCUCGUAUAUCAUGGAGGAGGGGAAAGGUUGUGUUUUGGAAUCAUGUGGGACAAUGGCGUGGUUAGACCUCACCCGCCUCUUCAUCGAGCGAUGUUGAUCACAAAGCGCGCGCUAGAAGCUGCUGGACAUAUAGUGCUAGAUUGGGAGCCCCAUCGCCAUCUUGAAAUUUACAAAAACUCUGAGACAAUAUUCGUCGCAGAUGGUGGCGAAGAUUAUCGAGUCUCAUGUGAAUUGUCUGGAGAGCCGCUUAUCCAAUCGAUGCUGCCCGAUGAAGGCGCCCACGAAACAGCACUUGAAGAGCCAUAUGUCAAGAGACUAGUGGGACCUCCCUACCACCGGAACACGUACGAACUUUGGAACUUGCAUAAGGAGAAGAGAGAACUGCGUAAAUCACACCUUGAUCACUGGGAAGCAACAAUCAGCAGGACUGGUACUGGGCGCCCAAUCGACGCGAUCAUUUCCCCCGCCGUAGCUUAUGCAGCGGUACCUCAUGGCUUGAACACGGAUUCAUUCUACACCACUCUGUGCAAUGCGAUGGACUAUGCGACAUCGGUUUUCCCAGUCACCUUUGUAGAUGCAACCUUGGAUCAUAGACAUCCCCCCCACGAGUUUUACAACCAUGAAGAUGAAGCGAUAUACAAUCUUUACAAUUCGGGUUUGUUUGAUGGCUGUCCUGUUGGUUUGCAACUAAUCGGAAGAACUCAAGAAGAGGAGGCAGUCAUUGCUAUGACUGAAAUCGUCGACCGUGCGCUUAGGCGGUUCGAGAAGUUUCAUGCAUAA